AUGGAAACCGCAAAUCCGACAACGACCCUGUCUACUGCAGAUGCAGUAACACCUCAACCAUCAGUGAAGCCACGAAAACCUGUAGGGCUGGCUCUCCACGAAGCCAAGCCCCCAAAGGCGCCGAAGGCGUCUCGCGUCCUAGACAAGCCCCCUCAGACACCAAGAGUUCCACCGCCGGGUCAAGAUGUCCUUCACAAAGGGCUAGACUCACAAAAAAACUCCCGUGUAUCGCAGUUGGUUCAGGUAUUCGAAAAGAUCGCCGAAAACGACGGAGAAAUAAUGGAUACGUCGUUGGCGUCUUCCAGUGAGGACUCUAUGCAACGCCUCCUCGAGUCUAAUCUUCAAGAAGGCAGUGUUGACCCUCCACUCCCGGUCGACUCCUCCAAAUGCGGAAUGGGCGACACCUCGGCUUCGUCUGGCAGCAGCGUUAAGCUAAAUGAAGCCUCUUCAGUUUCCAUGACUGACCGUGAAACAUCCUGUCAGCAGACUCGUCGUCGCCGUCCAAGACGCCGGACGAGGUCAACACACACCUUCGAAGUCCCAGUCGGUAGCGCGGAACCUCAGAAAGUGUCGACGGAUCUGGUAACACGAGGCAUUAAAUGGUCAAAGAACAUUAUCGGCCAGAAGAACCUUAAAGACGAUGUAGACGAUCACUCACGUGUUGUCCAAACCUCUGCUGAAACCAGGCACGUCGCUUGGUUGGUUUUGUAUGAUAGCUUUGACAGGGACGGAUUCGUCUGUAAUUUGAAUUCGAUGGUGGGUGUUGCCAUCUACUCAUCCAGUACACUAGUUUAA